AGAUUUGGCUUAUUCUCUUUGUGAAGGGCUCGCCUACGUUUGCACUUUGAGCCACAAGGGGGCACUGUUGCUCUCCUUAUAGCACCUCCACCGACCCAAACGGAGGCAAAACAAAGAUAAGAAACUAACGGCGAUGUGUUAACUCCACUCCAAGUGCAGAGUCAUGAUAAGUUUUUAGUGUAAAUCUAAUGUGAGAAGGUUGUGUCCCGUCUGGGCUUGAAGCAGAGUCCCUGAAGGUUUUCUAUCAGCGGUCACUUUUCCCGCUGCCACAGGGGAGGAGAGGAGGACGGAGCUGUGAUCCAGCUCAGUUUCCCUCUGCUGAUCGGGAUUCUCUCCUGCACAUGCAGACGUCCUCAUCGGUGUUAUUUAUUUAUUUUAUAAUUUCUGUAAAGUGUGGUGGAAAACCGCGCCGCUGCAGAACCGCUGCCAGGGAGCAUGGAGGUUCGUGCUGUGAAUUCUUAAAGUCUGGGUCACAUGUUUUUUUUUUUCCACCCUGCUGAAGUAGAGCCGGCAUUACUUUCCUAACUUUUUUUUUUUUUUUUUUUUUUUUGCCUGGACGUGAACCGAGUGUGAGAUAUCAACAGUUCGACAUGGCGUCUCUGUAUCAGAGAUUCAGCGGUCAGAUCGACACCAACAAAUCCUUCCCCGACCCACCGGAGGCGAGCCACCUCCUCGGACAGGCCGGCGAUCAGGGGGACCGGGCGGCGGAGAGCCAGCAGCGAGCCCGGCUUCAGCACCGCCGCCGCCGCUGCGAGGACGAGGACGAGCUGGUGGGCAGCAACCCUCCGCAGAGGAACUGGAAGGGAAUAGCGAUCGCCCUUCUUGUCAUUCUGGUCAUCUGCUCGCUGAUCGUCACCUCCGUCAUCCUGUUGACACCAGGUGAAGAUGACCGUCUGGCUCUGAAAGGCAAGGUUACGGUUGGAGACCUCUUUCGAAAAGAAUUCAAGGUUCAUGACCCAAACGCCAAAUGGAUAAGCAGUAACGAGCUGCUGUACCGCAACCGGGACGGCGACGUCGUCAAGUACAACGUGGACACCGAUGAGCAAACCGUCCUGGUCCAUAACAAGAAAUUCGAAAUGUACAAAGCCAGCAGGUAUGAGGUGUCCCCUGACUUGAAGCAUGUCCUGCUGGCCUACAACGUCGCAGCGGUGUACCAGUAUUCUUACACGGCCUUCUACAUCAUCUGCAAUCUAGAGACUCCGGAGACUUGGAACCUGAACCCUCCAGAGGUUCGGAAUGCUCAGCUGCAGUUCGCAGGCUGGGGACCCCAGGAUCAACAACUGAUAUUUAUUUUUGAAAACAACAUCUACUAUCGGUCUAAGGUGGAGAGCCGUUCAAUCCGUCUUGUGUCUACGGGCAAGGAAGGCGCUAUCUUCAAUGGACUCAGUGACUGGCUCUAUGAAGAGGAGAUCUUCCACUCGCAUAUCGCCCAUUGGUGGUCUCCCGAUGGAGCCAGAUUAGCCUACGCCACCAUCAAUGACACUCAAGUGCCCAAGAUGGAGCUGCCUAUGUUCACAGGAUCGCCCUACCCAAUGGGCAAAGAGUAUCCAUACCCCAAGGCUGGUGAGGAGAACCCGGUCAUCACUCUGUACGUUGUGAACCUUAACGGCCCCCUGCACACCAUCGAGAUGAGGAGACCAGACGAUCCCAGGAUCGGUGAGUACUACGUGACAAUGGUGAAGUGGGCCACCACAACCAAACUAGCCAUUAACUGGCUGAACAGAGCCCAGAACAUUUCCAUGCUGACGCUGUGUGAGGCCACGACGGGAGUCUGCACAAAGAAACACGAAGAUGAAAGCGAGGGCUGGCUCUACAGGCAGAACGAGGAGCCUCUGUUUUCUAAAGACGGCCUCAAGCUCUUCUUCACCCGUGCCAUUCCCCAAGGAGGCCGGGGGAAGUUCUUCCACAUCUCCAUGUCUGUCUCCCAGCCCAACACCAGUACAGACACGCUGCAAUCCAUCACGUCUGGAGAUUGGGAUGUCACCCAAGUUCUGGCCUACAACGAAGACAGCCAACUGAUAUACUUCCUGAGUACUGAAGACGGGCCGAAGCGAAGGCAUCUGUACAGCGCCGACACGUUUGGAUCAUUUAACCGACGCUGCCUGUCGUGUGCCUUGGCCGACAGCUGCGGCUACAUCAGCGGCUCCUUCAGCCACAACAUGAGCUACUUCCUGCUCAGCUGCCAAGGGCCAGACAUCCCAUUUGUGGCUGUGUACAAGACCCAAAGAGAUGCAGAAAGUGAAACUCAUGACAGAGAAAGCAUCUCAGAGGUUUCUAAACUGGAGAGCAACGAGAACCUCAGGCUGACUCUGGAUUCCAUGCAGAUGCCCACCGUGGAGUACAGGGAGAUCAACAUGGAUGACUACAUCUUGUCUUUAAAGAUCCUGAAACCUGCCGGCUUCAUGGAAACAUCACACUAUCCGCUCCUUCUGCUUGUCGACGGGACGCCCAGUGGCCAGACGGUGUCAGAGCGGUUUGUCUUGGACUGGGCCACGGCUCUGGUCAGCAGUUUCGGCGCCAUUGUGGUGCGCUGCGACGGCCGAGGAAGCGGCUUCCAGGGCACCAACGUUCUGCACCGGAUCCACAAGAAGCUGGGCGUGUUCGAGGAACAGGAUCAGAAGGAUGCUCUAAAUCUCAUUUUGAAAGAGCCCUAUGUGGACCAAACCAGAGUCGGAGCUUUCGGACAGGUGUACGGAGGCUACGUGACCAGCCUGUUGCUCAGCGGUGAGGAGUCUCCAAUAAAAUGUGGAGCUGUCCUCUCACCCAUCACCGACUUUGAAUUGUACGCCUCUGCAUUUUCUGAAAGAUAUCUCGGGCUGCCUAAACCGGAUCCAAGAGCAUACACGAUGGCAAAUUUGGCCCACAGAGCAUCUCGAUUCAUGGAUAAGAAGUUUCUUAUUAUUCACCCAACCGCUGAUGAGAAAGUCCAUUUCCAACAUACAGCAAAAUUCAUCUCCCAGCUCAUUAGUGAAAAGGCCAACUACACCUUACAGAUCUACCCGGAUGAGGGCCACUUCAUCCACAGCGAAGUAACAAGGCAGCACCUGAGUCAGUCCUUGGUGAAUUUCUUCGAGGAGUGCUUCAGGCUACCAGAAAGUGUGAUUGAGGAGGAAUUGGAAGAGGAGGUUGAAGACGAGGGUUAGAUUGUCCUCGACAGGCUACCAUUCUUCUUUUCCCACCCACUCCAUUUGGUCAUCGACAUUCCCUCCGUGUUGUAUCUGUGCACAAGCACGGCCAAGUUGUCCAUAAUAUGCAACCGUCAUAUUCUGUGUGUUUCGGUUUAACUCGCUGUGUCUUCAAUGCCACCCGGCAGAUGACGGCUCUAACUAUGACAUCAGUCGUCCCUUGUUCAUCCAGUGCUCUGACUCGGAUUUCAAAAGGCCCUUGACAGAGGUAGAAAUGACUGAUGACCUUACAGGAAGCAGUCUCCUUUACAGCAGGAUGGACAUCUUUAAAAGCAAUGGAGAGAAAGCAUAAGCCUGCAGACUUUCAAGCUGUGAGGAGAAGAAACACAUAGCACACAACCUACGGGCUUGUAUAUAAAUGAAAUUCAGAACCCCGGCGCUGAUCGGCAGUGUUCAUAAGGGGCGUCUGGAACUGCGUGGAUACAGGGAACGUUACUAUUUUUAAAGUUGUGAUGAACUUUUCAUGGACUGUGGUUGUGUCUGUUAACAGUAUGUAAAAUAGCACACAAAUCCUCAUCCAGCUGUGAUUUCUUUUAAGUGUUAUUUGCUUCAACAAUGCUGGUUUUAGGUUUAUCUAUUUCAGAUAUACAGUCCUUUGACAGGCAAAUGUUUAAGGGGGAAAAAAUAAGCCAUUUUGUUUAGGUUUUGAGAUUUAUUUUUUUCCUUUAAUCCGACAAUUCUGUUUUGGUUUCAUCCUACAUUGUUUCAUGUUUUAUUCACGGUGCCUUACUUUAUCAGAAAACAUGAAGCUAAAUUUAUCUAUAAAAAAAAGGCAAGAUAUUUGGGGUUCGGACCUUCAGCACAACUCCACGAGAUUAUGAAAUUUCCAGAUGCAAAAUGAUUUAAUUUUAAGAAUGUAAAGCAUGCAUAUAUGGAAUUUAGACAAAUAUAUUAACUUUUUUGCCUUUAAGUUAACGGCUAUAUCCCAACUAAAGAGGUGGGUUUUCAUUAAGUUAAUUUGGUUAGCAUUUAAAAGCUAAGUAAAUCUUUCUGAAAAUAAUUGAAUAAUUGUGAAACAAAGCUUUUUCCUACUGAACACUACUUCUGAUGUUAAGCUAGUUGUACUAGAAUAAAUGAAUGCAGUCAAUUGUUCUUAGCUUUCAAAACCAUUUCGGUAAUGAUGGUUAUUUUGUGAAAUAUCAUUGAUUUCUUCCCAACAACCAUUUAAAGUAACAUUUUUGCUUGUUGUUUUUACAGCUAAAAGCCACAGCAACACUUAGCUCUGGGAUCGUUUAGCUUUUUCCUGCUAACAGCAUGGUGAAGUUGUUUUACAUUGCACAAAAACAUGUCCCUUUUUUAGUUUUAACAAUUAACAGUAGUAACCUCGUUUUCUUUUAUGGGAUUUAUAACUUUGUUGCUGAGCUAGUAGAUUUUUUUUUCUCUCAUUUUGACAGAGCCUUGUUAGCCGUUAAGCUAGGCUUCUACUUUAAUGCUAAUCUAUGGCUAUUUGCUAAAAUUUCAGAAAUGAGCUAAAUUUUAAUGCAAAUCUUAGCAAAUUAUAAUUUUUGGGUAUACCCAAUGGCUUUUGAAGCUUGUAUUUACAGACAAAUGUUUUUUUAAAUGUCUUUAAUUGUCACCACAAAGUUUAGAAUUACUUUUACCCAACAGUAAGUAAUGCUUUUAUGCAACAUUUUCAAUGGGAUAAAUGAAAAAUCAUAUUAGCUAAUUACUGAAAUGGAGAUAUCCAGGCACAAGCAUAUUUAAAUGUCAUCUUAUGUUGCACUCCAGGGCAUGUUCAGAGGUACUUUGAGACACUAUUUGUUUGAUCAUCGUAAAUUUUGACAUCCUGAAUGUUUCUUACAGAGCUGCAGAAAAUAUAUUUGCAGUAAUAUUGUGAUUGAGAUCACGGUCUCGUUAGUUUGAUGUGUAAAUGUUCUAAUAUCAUUUUAUUCUGAAAAGAAAAGAAACGUUACAUGAGUGUUAUUAGUGCAUAACAUACUUUCAGAGUUCGGUUGUUAAUUUCUGUUCUCCUGUUGCCGUCUUUGAAUUGAGCUGGAAGUGGACUUUAUAAAUGGCCAUUGGAGACAAACUUCCUUUCUACACGUGAAGGACUUUUUCAAAGAUGUUCAACUUUGUUAUCCAAAGCAUACUGAGAGGUCAUUGGCAGAUUGUGGCAUGAAAGUAAGUGUUAGAAUAAAAAUGUAGAUAUUUUAUCAGUCAUAAA